CAAAAAUAAACGACAGGUGGAAAUUAGGAGAGAGAGAAUAUGUAAGAUUUGACAGUCACGCUCCGAAGCCCACCUCCUGUCUCUCUCUCCAAAACAGAAGUCAGGGAGGUCCGGGAUUUCUCUCUCUUCCGGAGAUUCGAUUUCAUCGCCGAUCUUUUCUACUCCUUCAAUCUCUGUCUUCUCUAUCUCCCUCAGAGGAAUAAUGUUCCAGAUUUUCAAGGGACUGCUCUUGAUUUAAUUGAAGUUCACUGACUCAGAAAUGGAGGGGGAUACAUUUUCAGGUCUUGGUAAUGGUACCCAGUUAGACAGCAAGGUGUUGCAGACAUUUCAAAAGAAUUUUGUUCAAGUUCAGAACAUAUUGGAUCAAAAUAGGCUGUUAAUCAAUGAGAUUAAUCAGAACCACGAGUCCAAGAUCCCUGACAACCUGAGCAGGAAUGUGGGUCUGAUCAGAGAGCUUAACAACAAUAUAAGAAGGGUUGUUGAUCUCUAUGCUGAUCUUUCAAGUUCUUUCACAAAGUCUGUGGAAGCUUCAUCUGAAGGGGACUCAAGUGGUGCUUUGAAGUCAGAUGGCAAAGCCGGUCACAAGAGGAAUAGGCCUUGUUAGAGAGGAAGCUCAGUUCUUAAUUCUUUCAUGUUGGAAACAAGAUAAUGCUCUCUUUCCUUGAGGGGGUAGAACAUUAGUACAAUGUGUAAGUUGUAACACUCUCUACCAGUGAAAUCUCUGAGUGUUUCACUUACUUCUCUUCAACAUUUCUUCAGAAAAAUAAUUGCUUCAAUCUGUCACAUUGUAACUUUGUACUUGUGGAUCUAAUUGAAAUCAAAGU